AUGAAGUCCUGCUACUUUUUUGCCCUUUUCAUUACCCUUUCCUCCGGCUAUAUCAACGACUUCGCGAUCAACGUAACCUUCCCCGGCUACAAUGCUACACGCGCGUUUAUCAUCGACACCAUUGAAACGGAUGAAUUCGUCUGGCAAGCCAAGGGAUUCGCGAGAUUCGCGGGCGAAGACUACACCUUCGACGAGGAGAAGUCGCGCACCUAUCGCGCCGGAGAUUACCUUUUCAGCAGCGGUUUCCAAGAUGGCAAAACUUACUGUCGACUGAGUGGAGUUAUGUCGCAAGAUAACAUGUCGCUACUGCCCUACAAAAACCACUACGCCUACUUUGGGUUGGUCCGCAAUUCGACUUGCGCAGGGAAUGCAAUGCAUCGAACGACGGCGUUCAAUGGCAAGCUCAGAGCUGGAAGACUGAGCUUUGUGAAGAAUCGGAAUAAUCGAAAGACUGUUGGGGACUUUUUGGUGAGGUCGUUCCGGUAUCCGCAAAUGUGUCUGCACCAAAGUGUUACGGACGACUUAAAGUGAGUUUUACGGCGCUGCGAUCUUUCGGGUCAGCGACAGUUCGGUUCGACGACACUAUGGAUCGCCUCGGUUUGUUGUUGUAUGCAUGAGAGAGGCUAGGAGAAGGCGUAGUUAGUAGGAAUGUUUUGAGGUAUGUUUUACAUGUACUCACAUCAAUAAUAUUUAGAUAAAGUUACGGAUCUUCUCUUUUUGUCGCAAAUUUUGGUCAUCUAUAUGUUACAGUAACUCAGGGUGAAGAAACCUAGUAAUAGCUAAAAAUUAAAAAAUGGACAUAUUGCAAGUCUCCGCCGAGCCUUCGCUGAGCGUCCGCCGAUCCUCCAACGGCUUUGCCAAACCUCGUAGACACUUCAUACAGCCUUUUUAUGGGCAUCCACCUGCCCUGCGCCCCGUAUCGAUCGAUUUUGUGAUGACCCGAACUGUAGCCGACCCGAAAAGUCGAGACGCGAGUUUUACCAUUAAAAAAGAAGAAUCAUGGCAGAAAGACGUCCAUUUCUUCCUAGGAAGUUUAGUGUGUCAUUUUACACGCUCGAAUUUCUGCAACAACCCUUAGUAUUUUGUUUUUGGGGGUCGCCUGAGAAUUUGGACCCGUUCCUGAGAGUUUUAGCAGGUUCAACCUAAGCGGCUUGUAAAUUUCCAAUAAAUAGAAAACUCCGUCUUGCAUGCGUCCUGUAAUACAUACAUAUUGGGUCCUAUGAUAUAGCUGUAUCCCAAAAACGAAGUCUCAGCGCCGCCUCCGCCGGAAGUUAUAGCCUCCAACUUUCCUUCACGUUCUUUGAAAGACCCUGUACAGGCCCGAAACGUGUCCAAAAUUUGAAAUCUCCCCUUCUCCACCCGCUUAAUCCUCAAUUGCAGGAUCAAGCAGACAGUGGUUGCAGUCGGCGCCCGAGUGGCCGAGGAUCGUCUCAAAGGGAGUUACUAUUACAACCAGGACAACUACUGGCGAGUCCCCGCGACCACCUUCAAAAUCGGUGACGCGGAAUUCAACGUCACCCAACGAUACAACAUGGCGACCUUUCACACCAGCUCCCCCAAGAUCCGGCUGCCGUUGAUCUACUUUGACCGGGUUGUCAGCGCCGUUGGCGCUGUCAAUGAGACCGGGAAAUAUAUUGUGGACUGCGAUAAGAGAGUGGAGUUGGAGAUUGGCCUUAACGGAAAGCGAUUCAAAAUUCAGUUCGAAGCGUUGCUGCGCCGAGACAAGCCCGAUGACAAGAAAUGCGAGCUGCUGUUGGAGAGAAACGACGACAUCUACAGGAACUCAUUCGUGCUCGGCGUACCCUUCUUCGUGAACAAUGGCGUCUGUUUUGGCGGAUCCACGGCCACGUUCUACGACGCAACUUACGACGAGAAGAGACCGGUCUUCCCGGACACUUGGGGAGCGUAUGUGUCGGUGCGGAAUGAGUGA